UAUUGCUAAUAAGUGCACAAUUUGAACUCGUUUUUGGAAUUUAAUAGUAGUAAUAAUAAAUAAUGUGAGAGGUAAUUUAAUAAUGAUUUAAGUGAUGUAAACGCAGCAUUUAAGGCGCUUUUUCUGUAACAUGGAAAUGAAGAGAAGAAGUGCAUUAUUUGUAAAAAAAAAGCGGUUAGUUUUUGGAAGGUAAAUUAGUUACUAGUCUCCCAAAGUGAUGGAAAUAGAGGCGGAGGUUGGCGAUAUAGAGACGGCGAUGCCUCGGAACGGCGGCGAAGCAUACUUGGUGUGGGAAGAUCUAACGGUGGUGCUGCCCAAUUUCGGACAGGGUCCGACCCGGAAGCUGCUUCAUGGGCUAAGCGGGUAUGCCGUACCGGGUCGGAUCAUGGCUAUUAUGGGCCCUUCCGGCUCCGGCAAGUCCACCCUUCUUGAUGCAUUGGCAGGUAGAUUGUCAAGAAACAUCGUCAUGACUGGAAACAUUCAUCUGAACGGGAAGAAGCAGAGGCUGGAUUAUGGUGUGGUGGCUUAUGUUACACAAGAGGAUGUGCUGUUGGGGACUCUGACAGUGCGGGAGACGCUGAGGUACUCGGCCCACCUGAGGCUUCCGAGCACCAUGACUAAGCAGGCGAUCAAACAAGUCGUGGAGGCGACCAUCAUGGAGAUGGGCCUCCAAGACUGCGCUGAUCGACAGAUUGGAAACUGGCAGAUGAGAGGCAUAAGUGGUGGUGAGAAGAAGAGAGUGAGCAUUGCUCUUGAGAUCCUCACGCGCCCUCGCCUCAUGUUUCUUGAUGAGCCUACCAGUGGCCUCGACAGUGCAGCCGCCUUCUUUGUCAUCCAGUCCAUCAAGAAUCUUUCCCGGGACGGGAGGACUAUCAUCUGCUCCAUCCACCAGCCUAGCAGCGAAGUUUUCGCCCUCUUUGAUGAUCUUUAUUUGCUGUCCGGAGGGGAAACGGUUUACUUUGGUGAAGCUCGCACAGGGAUUAAGUUUUUUGCAGAAUCAGGGUUUCCCUGUCCGAGCAGGCGGAAUCCCUCAGAUCAUUUCCUGCGCUGCAUCAACUCGGACUUUGACAUUGUAACGACAACGCUGAAAGGAUCACAGAGACUUGGUGAACAAGACAAUAAAGCAGAUCCUCUGUUGAAUAUGGUGACAUCAGAUAUAAGAUCAACUCUUAUUGAGAAAUAUAAGCAAUCGGAGUAUGCACAAAUGGCAAGAUCGAGGAUGCAACAAGUCUCCCUUGUUCGAGGUCUGGACAUUCAAGCGAUAAAAGGAAGCCAAGCUAGUUGGUGGAAGCAGCUCACGACACUGACCAAGAGAUCCUUCUUGAACAUGUCUCGGGACAUUGGAUAUUACUGGUCUCGGAUCGUCAUAUACACCAUUGUUGCUUUAUGUGUCGGGACCCUGUUCUACGACGUUGGCACCAGCUACACAGCGAUACUAGCUCGUGGCGCUUGUGGUGGCUUCGUCACUGGUUACAUGACUUUCAUGUCCAUAGGAGGAUUUCCAUCCUUUGUAGAGGAAAUGAAGGUCUUCUAUCGGGAGAGGCUGAACGGGUACUAUGGCGUGGCCGUGUUCAUAUUGUCCAACUUCUUUUCGUCGUUGCCAUUCUUGGUUGCAAUCUCAUCUAUUACCGGGACAAUAACCUUUUUCAUGGUGAAGUAUCGGUCUGAUUUCUCGCGUUACGCCUUCUUCUGCCUGAAUUUAUUCGGGUGCAUUGCUAUGGUGGAGAGCGUGAUGAUGAUUGUUGCGUCGCUAGUCCCAAACUUCUUGAUGGGGAUCAUAGCUGGAGCAGGAGUUCUUGGUAUUAUGAUGAUGACGGCUGGCUUCUUCCGUCUCCUCCCCGAUCUCCCCAAGGUCUUCUGGCGCUACCCCGUCUCCUUCAUUGGAUAUGGGGCGUGGUCGUUGCAGGGAGGAUACAAGAACGACAUGUUGGGGCUCGUGUUCGACCCUUUGUUCCCUGGGGAUCCAAAGCUCACCGGAGAAUAUGUAUUGACGAAGAUGUUUGGUUUAUCACUGGAUCAUUCAAAGUGGUGGGAUCUAUGCGCGGUGUAUGCUCUCAUCGUCGUAUAUAGAUUCCUCUUCUUCGUGAUUCUCAAGCUGAAAGAGAGAGCAGGGCCGUAUGUGCAUUCACUCUAUGCGAGGAGAACUGCAUACCGUCUCAAGAAACGACCAUCCACGUUGCGUAGAUCGACGUCUCGUCCCUCGAAGAGGCAUACUGUGGCAUUGUCAUCCCAAGAAGGCCUCAAUUCCCCCCUUGCAUAGUAGCUGAAUAUUAUAUAGGACCAUAUUCUUAUACAGCUUUGUGAGUUUUACUCGGUUCAAGUUGUAAGUUGUGUUGAUCAAAGGUAAUAAACAUGCCACAGUUCAAAAUUGAUUAAAUGAUUUAUGCGUUUGUUGAUUA